AAAACUGAUCUGUUUGAAACAGGACUGAACAUUUACUGAGAGCUGCCUUCAACAGAACAUCAAGAUAAAACAGCUUUAAAAUCCCAGUGAGCAAAUCCAGAGAAAACAACACAAUUUGAACCAAAAACACCAACAAAAUAAAUUCAUGCAUGAGAGGAAAAAUGCAGUGGGAUUUAUUUCUGGUUAUUUUGUUCGCUCAGCCCAGUUUGAUGGUCUGUCAGCUCUAUGAGUAUCACUACAUUAAUGUGGGAAAGACCUGGACUGAAGCUCAGCAGUACUGCAGAGAGAAACACACUGACCUGGCCACAGUGUCUAGCAUGGCAGACAUGAAGAGACUCCUCAGUAACUCAGCAGGAAACAUGAAUGAAGCUUGGAUUGGUCUGUAUGAUCAGACAGAUGGUGACAGAACAUGGUACUGGUCUCUGCUUGGAGUGGAGUUCAAUGAAAGUGAGACAAACUGGGGCCAAGGAGAACCAAAUGAUUAUACAUAUGAGAACUGUGGGGCGAUCCGACAACAUCUGAAAUGGGAAGACGUACCUUGUAAAAGGUCUCUUUAUUUCAUUUGCUAUGAUGAAAGUAAAACAUCAGAGAAAUUCUACCUAUUUAAAGAAAAGAAGACCUGGCUGGAAGCUCAGAGUUACUGCAGAGAGAAUCACACAGACCUGAUCAGUGGAAUGAAGCAGCUACAGGAUGGAGAAGCGAAGGAUGUUCUACCUUUAGAUAAAAAUGAAGCAGUGUAUAUUGGUCUGUUCAGAGACACCUGGAGGUGGUCAGAUGGAAGCAGCUUUUCUUUCAGACACUGGAACCUUCAGUUUGAUGAUGAGCACUACAACAGUGGUCAAUGUGCCAUGACUGUGUUUGAUGAUGGAGGCAGAUGGAAGAAUGAGGACUGUUCCAUCAGAAAACCCUUCAUCUGUUUUGAUGAUAAUCUGAUCCUGGUCAAAGAAAAGAUGAACUGGGAGGAUGCCUUAUCCUACUGCAGGGAACACUACCAUGAUCUGGUCACCAUCAAAACCCUUGAAGAGCAGAUAUUGGUCCAAGAGAAAGCCAAGAAGGCAUCGACUCCUUUUGUCUGGUUAGCACUGCGCUAUAACUGCACUAAGAAGUUCUGGGUCUGGGUUUGUCCUGAGGGGGUCACUAGCAGAACCCAGAACUCAGGUGGAGAGAUUGAUGACUGCAACGUUUCUGCAGCCAUGGACACUGGUGGACAACAUAAGUGGUUCCAAAGAAACGGGGGAGAGGAGUUAAAUUUUAUUUGUUCUAAGAUUUAAGGGCAAAGGUUUAUCAGUCAAAAUUUAAAUAAACAUGUAGCAGUAUUUAUUUUGAAGGUUAAUUUAGGGAUUUAUCUACAGUUUAACAGCCAUUCCUUGACCCAAAUUUGCCAGAUCUGCUUCCCUCUUUAGUAAAUAAGAGGAAAUUAUAUAACAUGGUUUGGAUUACAUGUCCUGUAUAGUUUCUAUGAGUGAUCCUUAUCAUGCUUUACUCCUGUUGAAACAGAAACCUUGUGGUUCUUUACUUUAACCGACUGUAACAUGUUUAACCGAAUGAUGUCAGCUUUCUUGGUGUUUUUCUUUACUCGAUUUAAUAAGCUUCAUGUGUUGAUCACUAAUACUGCA